GCGUCCCGCGCUCCCAGUGGAAAAAGGAAACAGCGGCACAGGACCAAAUCACUCAUACUUUCCGAAAGAUUUCACAUCCCAGGACAAACUUCCCUUUCACUACCUGUGCAAUCACUUUCUUUUCCCCCCCAAAAAAUGCCUCGCAUUGAGAAUGACAUCAAGCUGGACUUCAAGGAUGUGCUCCUCCGUCCAAAGCGGAGCACACUCAAGUCCAGGAGCGAGGUGGACCUCAUGAGGAGCUUCUCUUUCAGGAACUCCAAGGGCAGCUACAGAGGGAUCCCCAUCGUCGCUGCGAACAUGGACACUGUGGGGACCUUUGAGAUGGCCCUGGCUUUGCACCAGUUCACUCUCUUCACCACGAUUCACAAACAUUACUCCGUGGACGACUGGGUGGAGUUUGCGGCGAAGCAUCCCGAAUGCGUGGAGAGUGUAGCAGUGAGCACAGGGACCGGUGAUGGUGACUUUGACAGGAUGUCGGCUAUCUUGGCGGCAGUGCCACAGCUGCAGUAUAUCUGUGUGGACGUGGCGAACGGCUACUCCGAACACUUUGUUCACUUUGUCAAAGACGUCAGGGGGAAGUUCCCCUCUCACACUAUAAUGGCAGGAAACGUGGUGACAGGAGAGAUGGUAGAAGAGCUGAUCCUGGCUGGGGCUGACAUCAUCAAAGUCGGCAUUGGACCAGGCUCAGUGUGUACCACCCGCAAGAAGACAGGGGUGGGCUACCCCCAGCUCAGUGCUGUGAUUGAGUGUGCGGAUGCAGCUCAUGGUUUGGGUGGCCACAUCAUCUCUGAUGGGGGAUGUACUUGCCCGGGAGAUGUCUCAAAGGCUUUUGGUGCCGGAGCUGACUUUGUGAUGCUGGGCGGUAUGCUCGCUGGCCACUCGGAAAGCGGGGGCGAGGUUAUUGAGAAAAACGGCAAAAAAUACAAGCUGUUCUAUGGAAUGAGCUCCGACACGGCAAUGAAGAGACAUGCAGGAGGCGUGGCUGAGUACAGAGCGUCAGAGGGGAAGACAGUCGAAGUUCCUUACAAAGGUCCGGUGGAUGUUACAAUACGAGAUAUCCUGGGCGGGGUCCGCUCCACCUGCACCUACGUUGGGGCAGGCAAGCUGAAGGAGCUGAGCCGCAGGACGACCUUCAUCAGGGUCACCCAGCAGCUCAACACUGUCUUCGGCAACGAUAGCUGAGUGUCAGCUCGAUCCUGCUUUAGAUGGAAGGAUAAGUCUGCAAAACACUGCCUGUUUGACUCACGAAUGCUGUUUGUUCAUUGACCAUGUGUAAACACAAGUGAACAACAGACAUGCAUAUUAAUACUUAAAUACUGCCCUUUUACAAUCCUUAUUAGUUUUUGUUUUUAAGGUUCCUCCACUUGAAAUAUCAAUGCAAUUUUAGUAUACUGAUUCUUGACUUCACUGACAUUAACAGAAAUAUUUUUCAGCGCACAGACUCUGGGUCGCUUUAGACUCUGAAUGUUACUCUUUCAGCGGUCAGUGUGUCACUAGACUGUACGAUGUGAGCUUGAGCAGUAAGUCUCCAGCUCUCAUCAUCCCAAUGCAAGGUCCUUGGUUGUUCUUUUUACAUAUAUGCAAAUCUGUCUAUAAAACAGUUUCUACGACAUGUGUCUGUGCUCUGUACCGACGACAUCAUACUGUAAACCUUUCUCACCCACUGAUAAAAUGAUAGCAAAUGUCUUAAAUUAUUUAAAAAGCCUAAAUAUGCAUACAGCUGCUGUGGCUAAUUAGGAUUUUAAACGGUUAAACUGAAAUUCAAUCAUUCCUUCACUUGCACUUUAAUAAUUGGUAAUUUUAAUAUUUAGUUUCUGUUUUAAUCUCAUAGUCAUGUUUUUAAACUACUGUCAUACAUUGUUUGAAGCACCUACUACUGCAGAUAUCUUGCAUAAUUAAGUUUUUUUAUAUAGUAGGUAAAAUUAGAAGGGAUUUAUACAUGGACCAAUACAUACUUAAUGAUAAAGUACAGUACUAAGAGCAUAUACAGUAUAUAAUAAUGCUGACUUCAUAGCAGAGGUGUUAUUCAAUAUAAACAUAUGUGCCAGUUUUUCUCUUCUCUGGUUCUAGCUGCUCCUGGUCAAUACCAAAGUUUGUGAGGGUUUAUUUUAGUGAUGUACACAUUUAUAUACAUUUAUGAGACAUUAAAACUCAUAAAUCAAGUGGUAAUUUCUUACAGUUAACCUUGUUUUACACCAUCAGUCAGGUGUGGUUUCAUUCCACACACUGUCUGUAGUUACUCCAUUUCAAGCUGUUCUUACAUGCUCUGUGUUGUUUCAUUUGUUUCACUUCAUGAUUGAACCAGUCAAUAAAAACAUUCCACAUCUUAAAA